AUGGCCACCGAACUUUGGUACCCCUUCUUCGGUGCGCUGGGUUGCACCUCAGCCAUCGUCUUCACCUGCUUCGGAGCUGCCUAUGGAACUGCCAAGGCCGGUGUCGGUGUCUGCGGCAUGGCCGUCCUCAGACCCGAUCUGAUCGUCAAGAACAUCGUCCCCAUUGUCAUGGCGGGUAUUAUCGGUAUCUACGGUCUGGUCGUGUCCGUCCUUAUCGCCAACGAUCUGAACCAAAAGGUGCCGCUGUACACCGGAUUCAUUCAGCUGGGAGCUGGUCUCGCUGUCGGUCUGGCCGGUCUGGCUGCUGGUUUUGCCAUUGGUAUUGUGGGUGACGCUGGUGUCCGUGGAACUGCUCAACAGCCCCGUCUCUACGUUGGAAUGAUUUUGAUUCUCAUUUUCGCUGAAGUUUUGGGUCUGUACGGUCUUAUCGUCGCCCUUCUCAUGAACUCCCGCUCGAGAAUUGACGCCGUCUGCUAAGCGAACGUUCCUAAUGCUCGCUCGCCCGCACGUUCUCUGUGAGACUCGUGCGCGCACCGGCGAUGGCAACGACGAGAUGUGAACAAGAACCCGCGCGAGCGGUGCCCCGUCGUUGAAGCCUAGUGUUCCCCAUGUUACGAAUCGUUUAUACCGUGAAGCGCGGAUUUGGUCCAGAAAUCCAUUCUCAAGAAAACAUGAUCUUUUAACGUGAUGUGUGUGUGUGUGUCUUGGUUGUCGGAAACA